UUAAGACACAUGGCCACGAGGAUAGAAAAAGAGGAACUGCAUAUUUGCAUUUGGAUGCUGAGCUGCAUAAAGCACACCCACGAUAUGAGCCUUCACACCACAAGCCCGUGUAGACAGAACCUCCAUUUCACAGCACAGCCACUCUCUCUCUCCCUCCCCCCCUCCUGUUAUGGCUGCUCGAAUUUUCUGUCUCCUCCCAUUGGCAUUCCUGUUCAUACUAGCAAAUUCCCAAGGACAGAAAAACAUCAGCCUCACCGAUACUCUCACUCCCACCUCCAAAUCCUCAUGGCUCUCGCCUUCCGGUGUCUUUGCGUUUGGAUUCUACCAGAGAGGCAACGGUUAUUACGUGGGAAUCUACCUGCCAGGGACUCCAAAUAAAACCGUGGUUUGGACUUGCAACAGAGAUGACCCUCCGCUUCCGAGCAAUUCCACUCUGCGUUUCGAUGGAAGUGGCAAAAUCGUUUUGUCAUCAGCACAAGCACCGGAGACCUAUGUUGCCACUCCUAGUGGUACGACUGCUUCGGCCACAAUGCUCGAUUCAGGGAACUUCGUUCUAUACAACUCUAACCAGGAAGUAAUAUGGCAGAGCUUCGACACACCGACAGAUACCAUCUUAGGCGGUCAACGUCUACCGGCAAAACAAGAGCUGCAACGAGAGUUGCAUUCAAGUGCUUCGGUCACUGAUCCAUCUACGGGUCUCUUUCUUGCCAUCAUGCAGUUAGAUGGAGUGCUUGCCUUAUAUCCCAACGGCAAACCAUUUACUCCCGAAUACGGUUACUGGGAUUCCGGGACGCCUAAUAAUGGUCAGGAUGUGACGCUUCAUCUUGAGAAUGAUGGGUUUCUCUACCUGUUGAAACCCCCAGGCAUAUACCUUGCGAAUUUCACCAGCCAAGGACUUCCUAAAGAAGAUAUGAUCUAUCUUGCCAGGAUUGACCCAGAUGGGAUUUUCCGGCUAUACUCAUACAACAUAACCCGGAAUGACGAUUUGUUCGUCAAAUGGCAUGAACCAAUCGACAUAUGCAGCCCCAUAGGCCUAUGCGGGCUUAAUGGGUUUUGUGUGAAUAAUGGUCAGGAUUAUGCGUGCCAGUGUCUUCCUGGAUUCGUACCUGUUGAGGACGGCAACGGGGCUGCAGGGUGUAAUAGCACCAUCACCGCAGAAAGCUGCAAGAACGCCGCGGCCAGCUACGACAUGCAACUUGUUCGCACCAUAUGGAAGGAUGCCACGUAUUCCGCUCUUACAUCGUUGACCAGGGACGGAUGUCUAGAAGAGUGUCGGCAGGAUUGCAAUUGCGAGGCUGUUACAUACAACGCCAGUCAAUCCUGCAACAAGCAGAACCUUCCUCUAACAUUCGGUGGGAGAGACUCUGACGGGAACUCACAACUUUAUGUCAAGGUAGGUCAUGCUGGACCUCAAGACGGCGGAAGAAAUGGCUCUGAGCAAAAGCAUACUCGGAGAGACAUUCUGAUUGCAGUUGGAUCAUUGAUUGCUUUUGCAAUAGUGAUGUUGGCGGUGUCUGUAAUUAUUGUUCACAGGAAUCGUUUCUGGGUUUACGAAAGGUCUCCAAAGGAGGGAUUUCUCACAACAAUUGAAGAUGUUGCUCCUACAUCGUAUACUUUUGAAGACCUGAAGAAAGUGACCGGAAAUUUUUCGGAAGAGAUUGGCAGGGGAGCAUUCGGAACAGUCUACAAAGGCACGCUGAUGAAGAAUGAGCACAGCAGCAAAGCCGUAGCUGUUAAGAAGCUAAAAGAGAUCUCAUCCGAUGGGGAAAGGGAGUUCCUAGCUGAGGUGAAAACUAUUGGAAAGACUCAUCACCGGAAUUUGGUCCGACUGCUAGGUUAUUGUCACGAUGGAGAGAAUAGGCUCUUGGUGUAUGAGUACAUGAGCAAUGGGUCACUUGCCGAUGUACUCUUUAAAGCCGAACACCAAGCCAGUUGGGAUGUGAAAAUGCGAAUAGCUCAGAAUGUUGCCAGAGGGCUUCUUUAUCUACAUGAAGAGUGCGAGACGCAGAUCAUUCAUUGUGACAUAAAGCCUCAGAACAUAUUGAUAGAUGACAACAUGCAAGCAAAGAUCGCUGAUUUUGGGCUGUCGAAACUGCUGAAGCCAGAUCAGAGCAAUACCACAACAAUGAUAAGGGGUACAAGAGGGUAUGUUGCGCCGGAGUGGCACAAGCAACUGCCAGUGACGGUGAAAGCGGACACUUACAGCUUCGGUGUUGUGCUGUUAGAGAUCAUCUGUGGCCGAAGGUGUGUGGAUUCGAGCCUUCCUGAGGAGGAAGCUGUUCUCGAGGAUUGGGUUUACCACUGCUUCCAGGCCGGCGAGCUGGAUAAAAUAGUGCAUUAUCAAACUAUUGACCAAAAACAAUUGGAGAGGAUGGUUAAAGUUGCACUUUUGUGUAUCCAAGAAGAGCCAGCUCUCCGUCCUUCGAUGAGAAAGGUGCUGCUGAUGCUUGAAGGCACGGUCGACGUUCCAAUCCCUCCUUGUCUUACUUCCUUCCUCAGUGUUAUCUGAAUCAAUCUUCGCAAUUGUAAUUAUCGCCACCAAAACCUGCUCGAUUUAGAGUAAAAUUGAGCUGGUCUACUAUAGGUAUUUCCAGAGCAGAGAACAUGUUUUUAGGUUUAUCCGUGCAAAGUGUAUUGUCUGUCUGUCAUUUCAACAGAAAUAAGUUCCCUGUUCUGUCCUAUGCAAUUCUUCGUUCUUACAGGAAGUAAAACAACCUUGAGUUUAUCUCAACAAUUCUUAA